CCAGUUGUGAUGCGAAACCAGCAAGGCGUCACACUGCCCCACAUUGACGCCAAAUCGCGGCCAGGUCGUGAUACGGAUUUGUCAUCUUGAUAAGCUCUCCUCUCAACCUCGCAUUCCGGUAGUGUGAAGUCUUAAAUCCCAUACAUCCCAGCAUCAUCCAUCAGAAACAUCCCGAAUCAAUAGACAAUCAUGACGUUAAUCAGGAUAAACGAAAACAAGACCCUCAAGGGGCACAAUGCCAUCAUCCUCACCACCAUCCCCGCGCCACCGGAAGCCAUUGAGGCGAUUCGUAAUCAGUUCCCCGACCUCAAGCUCAAGCUCUACAUCGUUCCCUGGGGCAAAUCAGAGAUCGGGGGCGACUUCAAAGAGGAGGAUUGGAAGGAGACCACCUUGUUUCUCACGUCGACUGUGCUCCCAACAGUCGAGCAGGCCCCUCACAUCCAAUAUGUUCAGCUCACGAGUGCUGGCGUCAAUCAUCUCGUCUCCAACCCGUUUUUCUCAGACACCAACGUCCCAUUCUGCACGGCCAACGGUGUUCACGGGCCUCAAAUUUCUGAAUGGGUGAUUACGACAUUCCUGUCCUUCCAACAUCACUUGCAGAAAUACUACGAGCAUCAGAAAGAGGGAAAAUGGAAGAGGCUGGCAGAUAACCCUGAGAGCUCAGAGGACGCAGUUGGAAAACGAGUCGGAAUCCUUGGAUACGGCAGCAUAGGUCGCCAGACCGCCCGCGUUGCCAAGGCCAUGGGCAUGGACGUCCAUGCCUACACUCUGAGCCCCCGCACGACACCUGCAUCCCGGGAGGAUCACUCGUACUCGCCAGUCGGACUCGGAGAUCCCAAGGGAAUUUUCCCUAGCAAGUGGUUUUCGGGGAGCUCUAAAGAAGAAAUCCAUGAGUUUCUUGAUUCUGGGCUUGACCUCCUCGUCAUUGCCGUGCCUCUUACCGACAAAACCCAGGGUCUGAUUUCGAAGCCCGAAUUCGAGAUUCUUUCCAAGAAGAGGACCUAUGUGUCAAACAUCGCCCGUGGACCAAUCGUCAACACAGACGACCUCAUCGAAGCUCUUGACCAGGGUUUGAUUCGCGGAGCGGCCCUCGAUGUUACGGAUCCAGAGCCUCUGCCCGAAGGCCACCCGCUGUGGAAGGCAAAGAACGUCACCAUUACGCCGCAUAUUAGUGGUGCAUCAGGUGCCUAUUACACGCGUUUGUUGGAUAUCUUUAGGCUGAACCUUGAGAGGUUGAGUGAGGGAAGGGAGCUCAUUAACAAGGUCAACCGCAAGAAGGGAUACUAAAGACUCGUUUAUUGGGUAGUGACAGACACUGAGUUUUGAACAUGACAUACGUAUGAAUGAUAAACACGGCCCAGCCCAUAAUGCUA